GAGCAUUGGUGCGAACGUAACAACACGCAACGUGUGCAUGACCAACUCCCAGUUACCGAACGACAGAAACAACACCAUUCUCAGCAAUAACAAUGCUUCUUUCCACAGCAACGACUCAAUGUCCAGACUAAACUCAGUGAAAGUCAAAAGAGAUGAAGUUGUGAAUGACCUGAAAACUGCAAUGAAGAAAAUGUUCUGUAAAAAGGCUCGAGCAAGAGGUACGCCCAAAUGCAUGCGGAAUGCGAGCGUGACAGCGCGACUGAUAAUCGUGUGUUUCCUACUGUGCUGGACACCCUAUAUCUGUAAGAUAAUAUACACCCUAGUGCGGAGCUCGUCUAAAGAUAACGACCAGACUUGGUACCUCUACACGCACAUCCUUAUUGUUAUUACUGCCCUUUCGAACUGUGCAUGGAACCCGCUCAUAUAUAUCUCGCGGAGUGCAACCUACAAAAAAGAGAUAGCGAAGAUGCUCUUUUUCCGGCUGAAGAACAAGGCCACUCCUAAGACAGACAGUAAUUAUAACAUACCCGUCCCCGUCCAGAGAAUUCAACGCAAACUUAGCAUAAUCGCUGGAAUUGAGCCGAUUCCUUCUCCCAUACGACGGGCCUCGUAUAUUGAUGGUAAAGAUGAAAUACAGUUGACAUGCGGAUCAACACUCAACUAAUGAAGGAUAGAUUGGUAUAUCCUACUUUUCAGCAGUAUUCCACCAAAAUACACUUCUACAGCAGAACCAACGAUUUGGUCUAAUAAUAUAUCAAUAAAUGUAAAUUUUCAUUGGUCAAUGGUCAAGAUAAUCGUUCCAUCUAACUGAUCCAGAUUUUUAAUGAAGACGUUUUUCUACGAUCUUGGAUUAUUGGAUUAAAUUUAUACCGUUCAUAGUUUACUGUGAAAACAUGCAACUGGAAAGUUAUUUGAAUUUGAAAUGUGUGAUCACUGAUCAUGUUCAUGUUCAUGUUAUCGUUUUACAUUUUAACUUAUUUGUUUCAAAGUUAACAUGUUUAAUUUUACGUGCAUAUUAUUUCAUUUAAUUAUUGAAGAUAUUCAUUUUUUGUAUACUGAGAAAAUUAUAAAUCUAAUUUAUUGAUGUUUUUCAACGAUUUUCUAAAAAGACUAUAUUUACCUUAUAAUGACGGAUCACCUGUGUAUAUCACGCAGUCAUCAUAACAUUUUUGCAAAUAUCAGCUAAAUUAUUGAUAUAUCAAUAUAGAUGCUGUUGUUUAAUUAUUUGACAUUGUUGUAUUUU